AUGUAAGCCCAAUACUGCAUAGUCAUUAAAUUUGAUAAAGCUAAUAAUACCUAUAGACCCAAUGUAAUUUUUGAUGUUACAAUCAGGAUUUCAUAUCUGGGCAAGCUACUAUUUCUUUCACAGAUCCUAAUUAGAAAAGAUUAGAGAUUUCAUCAUUGAAAUGGAGAUCUGAAGGUGCAAUAUCUUGUUAGAAUAAGGAUUCUCACAAAGAAUUGUAAAAGAUUAUGCAAAACUAAAAUCCUUAAUUACUUCAUUUGAAUCAGGGAGAAUUCACACAAGAAAAAUAUAUGUUUGAUUAUAAUUUAAAUUAGUUUACAAGAGAAAAACACUUUUUAAUUCAAAUAUUAAUUGACCCCUUAUGGAGAUAGUAGAAUAUUGGAAACAUAUGUUGGUGUAUAUGUUGCUAUUGCAUAUGAAAUUUAAGUUGAAUUAAUAUUGAACAAUGGUAUUGCAGUUCGAAAUUCUACACCAUUUUAUGUUUAAUGUUUAGGAAUUGAUAAAAUUGGUUAGCAAAUUAAUUUUAAGGAACUUCAAUUAAAAUAAGAAUAAUUUAUCAUAACUCCUGAUAGACUACUUGGUAAUUAGAGUGUACAAAAUAAGUAGAAUGCAAAAUUCAAGAUUCAUGGAAUAAUUGAUUCUGCAAUAUGUUAAUUUUAAGAAGGAUUUAAUGGAAGUGUUAAUGUAGAGGAAUGUGAAUCAGAGAUAAGAACAAUAGAUUUGCAAAUGAUUAGAGUAGAGAAACUAGAAAAUAGAUUUGGGAAAGUAUUGGAAGCUACUGAAAUACAAUUAAUAUAGAUAGUAGAUGGAAAUAUUACUAAAGGAAUUUAAGUACCAUUUAAUAUGAUAUUUCCAAAAUUCUUUUCAUGUUCCAAUUUUCAAUUUAAAGAAUUCAGUGGUAAUAAAAUUGAAAUUUAUUUUUAGUUGAUUUUGAAGUAAACUUAGUUGUGAUAAUGUAUGAUGGGUUUAAAAUAACUCUCAAUUUUCCAAUACAUAUAAUAAGGAAGUGA